GUGAUUUAUCUACAUUAUUCCCUUCACAUAAAAUUUGCUUCUACUUCAAAUUGUUUUGAGAAAAUCUUCUUUCAAACACAAUCUCUCUCUCUCUCUCAACCAUAUUUUUCCUAACUGCAAACAACUCCUCAAAAUUUUGUGAAAGAGAGAGAGAGGUACCUACGUCUUACAUGCGGCUUAUUAUAUAUGAUUGCCAUGAAAAAGAACAGCACUUGAAACUCAGUUACCAUCUAAACGAUGGAAUCUUUAGACAAUCCCGGAGUCGAUUUGGAAGCCGGUAGUGGGGGAGACGGUGUCGGGCCACGCCGUUCAACCGCGAGCAGCUCCGACAACGCGGAGGCGGCGGUGCCGGGCCCGGAACCGCAGCCGUCGCCGAAAGAGGAAGCCAAAGCAGAGAGGAAUUGCAGAAUCUGCCAAUUGGGGUUGGAAGGGGAGAGUCAAGAAUCUGUUGGGGUGGUUUUUGAGCUGGGGUGUUCUUGUAAGAAUGAUUUGGCUACUGCCCAUAGACUGUGUGCUGAGGCUUGGUUCAAGAUUAAGGGCAACAGGACUUGUGAGAUAUGCGGAUCGAUUGCGUCCAACGUUGCCUGCACCAACAUGGAGGCUGAACCCAUUGAAAUGUGGAGCGAAUCAAAUGUUGCCGCUGGCACAUCGGCGGUGCGGUCGUCCUUGGCCCGAGUCGAGACCCCGCGACGCUUUUGGCGGGGUCACCGCUUCCUCAAUUUCUUGCUAGCUUGCAUGGUUUUUGCCUUUGUAAUUUCUUGGCUCUUCCACUUCAAUGUCCCCUCAUGAAUUCCCCUGGCUCAGCUAAUUUGGUAAAUUGUAUAUGUGUCUGUAUAUAUGUAUAUAUCCAUUGAUUUUUUUCGCACCGGUGUUAAGUGUGUU